AUGCCUAAGUCGAAGCGCAACAGACUUGUGAACCUGACCCAGGUCAACAAGAAGACGCGCGAGCAAAAGGACAAGCUCUUCGCCAACAUCCGCGAAACUGUCCCCCAGUUCCAGCACUGCUUCGUCUUUGGAGUCAACAACAUGCGCAACAACUACCUCAAGGAGGUCCGUCACGAGCUGAACGACUGCAGACUUUUCUUCGGCAAGACAAAACUCAUGGCCAAGGCUCUCGGCCAGGACCCCUCCUCCGCCGUCGCUGAUGGCAUCGAGCGCCUCACCCCCUUCCUCUCCGGCACCGUCGGCCUCCUCUUCACCAACCGCGACCCCAAAUCCGUUCUUGAGUACUUUGAGGGCGUUUCCCCCGUCGAUUUCGCUCGCGCCGGCACCGUUGCCACCCGCGACUUCACCAUCCCCCCCGGUGUCGUCUACGCCACUGGCGGCGAGGUCCCCGCCGAGCACGAUGUGCCCAUGGAGCACAGCAUCGAGCCCGAGUUGCGUCGCCUCGGCAUGCCCACGCGCAUGAUCAAGGGCCGCGUCUGCCUCGGUGACGCCGACGGCUCCUCCGGCGAGGGUUACACUGUUUGCCGCGAGGGCGAUACUCUGGACAGCCGACAGACGAGAUUGUUGAAGCUUUUCGGCAUCUGCUUGAGCGAGUUCAAGGUUCAGGUUCUGGCAUACUGGAGCUCCGCGUCAGGCGAGGUGACAGAGGUGAACCCCAACGCCAUGGACGGCGUCGAGGAUGACAGCGAGUAA